AUGGAUUAUGGUAAUAGUGUUGACCAAUCCUCAUAUGUGACACGGAGCAAUCGCCAGAAUAACGUUGUCGACAUAAUACGUGAGCAGAAUAACGUUGUGACCUUCGACCAACUAUCAAAUUUCCUCUCUAUAACAUCUGGGAAUGCUUCCUCAAGGCUAAGACAACCCGACUUAAAUGUACAGCUGCCCACACCAGUAACAUCUUUCAUCGAGAAUGUAUACGCAGUACCGGUUUCAGAUAUCCCCUUCGAAGACGAAGCUGAUAUCGUUGAGGCCGAAACCCCAUCGCCUGAAAUUGCACCUCCACCACAAUCAGCUAAAUCUAAAGAGGAGGAGCUAUUAAGUUUCAAAAUGAGCUUCCAGAAUGAAGCUACUAACCUGGCAAAGAGAAUUGCCAGUGGUAACUUGGUCAAGAAAGUACCUAACAGCAAGAAGAGGAAAAGGCAUUACUCGAACAAGCGGCUGAUUAUAGAUGAACUUGACGAUAGUGACAAUUCUUCUAAUGACGAAUUUGCACACGAAUUACCAAAGCAUUUUACCAAUCCAGCUCCUGUGUGUAGUACUUGGACAGAAAGAGUUCCUGUAACAAAACCUAAUAACGAUUUAAUGACCACACCGGCCAAAUCGCAUACAUUACCGCAAUACAAUUUAGACUCUUUAGCAAGUGCACCGUAUUUGAACCUGUCGCCAAAUUUCUCUAACAUUUCUCCUCAAAAUUUGACGACCUCGUUGGAGGAGAGUAACAGUAAUGACAAUAAUAUUGCAGAACCCAUAGACUUUGCAGCUGUUCUAUUAGAUACCUCAUUUGACCAUCCCCUAAGCCAAACGCUUCUUCCGCUCGAAAUGCCUCAUCUGUCCGACAGCCAGUCACCUUCAAACGAAUUAACUGGAUCGAGCGAUGAGAACAAUCUACCAACACCACCAGUAACGACAAACAACCUGUCACUAGUGGACCAGCUCAAUCUGGAUCAACCCUUAUUGGAGGCCAUACGCAAGAAGCAGAAGCGCGGUAGUUAUAGGUGUGCCCACUGUCCUGAAACGUUUUCCACGAUUUUCGAGUAUGCGGCGCACAUGGACGACUUUAAGAUCAAGAGGAAAUUCAAGUGCCCAUUCCCGUUGUGCCCCUGGAAGAUAUUAGGGUUACCUCGCCGGUCUGAUCUGAGACGACACUGUGCGAUACAGCACAAACACGAACUGCAAACCGGGUUGAAAAAAUACUUGAACUUGAAGGAUGAGGCAUACCCAGCGAUAGAUUGUCCAAACAAGUAUUGUGACAAGAAGUUUUACAGAAAGGACGCAUACAACAGGCAUUUUGCGAUAGUACACGAAAAGAGCGACUCUCGGUUCAACAAGAAGUUAAAGCAUCUGCUGGAAAUCUGCCCAGAAAAUCUCACAGAAGGCGAGCAUAUAACCUACAUCAAGAAGAAUCUCGCAAAGAAAAGGUACAAAACGAAGAAGUGA